ACGACUCAUACUGUACUCAUACAAAGAUAAAAGAAGAACAGGAAGAGCCUAGGUGGAUAUAAUCAGCCAAAAUGAUCGGAGAUCUUUUAAUUUUUGGCACUCUGCUCAUGAACGCCGGCGCUGUGCUCAACUUUAAAUUAAAGAAGAGAGAAACGCAGUCUCAAGUGUUUGGCGAUGAAUCCGGAUCGUCCAGCACUGGUGACAACAUCAGAGAGUUUUUGCUGAGCCUGCGAUACUUUCGCAUAUUCAUUGCUCUUUGGAACAUUUUUAUCAUGUUUUGCAUGAUCUUGUUAUUUGGAUCAUAAUACAUGGCUGUUACAAUAAGGAUACAAAAAAGAAACAAUUGCUGCAGCAUUGGGUGGAUUUCUUGCAACGGGUUUUUAGUGGGAUGUCUUGAAAUCUUGUACAGUCUUAUCCAACGUCUUAAGACGUCUGUAUAUUUUGUACAAAAGUAUGAUUAAUAUUACUUUUUCUUUCUGUGAAUCAAAUGGGGACAGAACACAGGGGAACUACAUUUUUUUUUUUUUUAAUAUUGCAUUUAAAGCAGAGCUGUGCAAUCAGAGAGGAGCUUGAAUGGUCUUCUCUCAGUACCCUAUACAAGUACUGUUAGUUACUUCAGUUUAAGUGGCUGUAUUAUCUAAUGUAAAACCUUUGUAAAUGAGAAGUAACCUUUGUGAACAAUAAAAGAAUAAACAGU